GCGCGGGCCGGCAGGGAGCGAGGAUGUGGUGCUGGCUGCUCCGUGGCGCGGCGGUGGUAAUGGUGCUGCUGGCGGCGGGCUGCGGCGCGGCGCUGUCUGGCUUCUACGCCGACGACGGCGCCGCGCGCACGGUGAUGCAGCGCGCGCUCAGCCCCAGCGACAAGCGGCUGCUGGAGAGGGAGCUGCUCGGCCUGCUGGGGCUGAGGGCGAGGCCUCGCGUGCCUCGCCGCGCCAACCUCACCGGCUCCGCCUCCAGGUUCCUGCUCGCCGUGUACGACUACAGGAGCCUGCGGGGCGCGCCCGGCCUGGCCCCCGCCGACCGCCUGGCCGUCGACCGCAGCGACGCCGUCGUCAGCUUCGUCGCCCGAGGCCACCACGCCGGCGCGGCCCGCCACGAGCGAGGCAAGAGGCUGUGGUUCGACGUGUCGGAGGUGCCCGCGGGAGAGACCAUCGUGGGCUCCGAGCUGCGACUCUACCAGACGGCCAGCGAGCUGGGUGCUGACGUCAGCUUCACGCUGUCCCUCUACCAGCUCACCUCCGUCAGCAAAGGCGGGACGGAGCUGAGGCUGGUGGACUCUGUGGAGACCUCCUGCGCCCACGAGGGCUGGCUGUCGCUGAACGCCACGGGGCCCUUCGCCGCCUGGGCGUCCUCCCCGGAGUCGAACCAGGGACUGCACGUCUCCGCGCGCCUGGCGACCCACCCAGGUCACGAAAUAAGACCGGAGGAAGUAGGAAUUGUUGUCGAUGACCACCUAGAAGGACAGGAGCCUUUUCUGGUGGCCUUCUUGAAGACUCCGCAGGAACGACGCCUGCACAUCAGAGAGGUGCGCGACACGGGCAAACGACGGAGGAGAGUCGGGGACAGCUCCUGGGAGAACAGAUACGUCCAAGAGCCCUUCCACAGCGAUAGCCUGCAUUGGAACCACGCCUCCCGGAGCUGUCAGAUCCACAACUUGCACGUGGAUUUUUCAGAACUGAGGUGGAAUGACUGGAUCAUCGCACCGGAGCACUUCAACGCGUUCUUCUGCAGCGGGGAGUGCAACUUCCCCUUGAACGCGCACGUGAACCCGACCAAUCACGCCAUCGUGCAGACGCUCGCGCACCUCGAGAACCCGUGGAAGGUGCCCAAGCCGUGCUGCGCGCCCACCAAGCUGGUGCCAGUGUCGAUAAUCUUCUACACGGAACAGAACACCGUCGCCGUCCACAGGUACAAGGAGAUGAUUGCCAAGAGCUGUGGUUGCCAGUAACCGUGCCAUGCACGGGAUUGCAACCCUGCAAGUGAGUGCAUCCGUCCAAGUCCAAAAGAUAAAUCUUGGAACAAAAUUGAGAAACUUAGAAAUUUAAUAAAACUUUCUUGAGAGGAGUUACAAUAUGUGAUUUCCCCGAAUAUCGAGAAUGAAGUAAACUCACAAAUCACCAUAUUAUACAAAUUUAGAACGAAAAAGUAAAAUAUUAGAAAAUCAUUCUCGAUAUCCAGCAAAGGUAGAAAAUCGCCUUAAAUAAAAAUUUGGUUUCAACUCCUGCUCCAAGUUUAAAGUGGUUUACUAAAAUACAACAUUUGGGAUGGUUCAUAGACAAUCCUAGACAAAAGCCAAUUAUGUGAGGAAUAAACUCUGCCCCUGUUGGGAUACAAUGGUAACCUAAAUCGCGAGCCCUUUUCCAGAACGUAUCCAAAUCGAAUCCCAGUAGGAACAGACCAGCAACCGUUUUAGUAAACUGUGCCCUGCGCGAAGCUAGAAUCUGGUUCCGACACAUUCUAGUGGACAUUUGGCAACCAUCCACUAGAAUCUGGUUCCGACACAUUCUAGUGGACAUUUGGCAACCAUCGAUACAAUUGCUACGACAUAAAUACUAGAGACAGCAGCGCCAUCGUGCAAAAGUAUAACAGCAUUUAUAAUUUUAUCAAGUACUUUUUAAAUUGCGAUUGUUUCUUGUAAUGACCAUUAAAGUGUACAGGAUGUAUUCUGCAGUGAUGAUGAAGAGCCGUAACUACAUUUUGCCCCCGAAACAUUUUUUAUUUCACUGUGUAAAAAUUUAAGAACAGAGUACAUAAAGUUCACUUUAUACAGCAUAGGAAUGUUUUUAAAACUUAACAAAUGUUUUUAAUAUGAUUUGGAAAGUGCUAAUUUGAUGUGAUUAAAAAAAUAUUAGCCUA